AUGGCGCCACCUCCUCCGCCAAACAUCAUUGUCGUCCCAUGUCACUUCUGCCCUACUCGCGUAGCAGUACCGCCAGGACAGCCUCCAGGCGCGCCUUUACUCUGCAAGCCGUGCUUCGAGCGUGCGAUACGGGACAAGCAGAAGCAAACGCCCCCACUUCCAGGGUCCGCACCACCGCAGAGUAUGGCACAUCGACCAGGCCCACGACCGCCUCCUCUGCCACGCCAAGUCUCUUUGAGCAAUCAGGCCAACAUACGAAUAGCACAUAGCCUCUCUCCUGUUACGCCUACAUUUGCCAAACGACCUUCCAUGGCAAUACCACAACACCCUAUACCAUCAAGCCGUAUGCUAACUUCAGCAACCCCACCCUCGGCAUCGCCUCGACUACAUCAUACGAACUCAGGCGGACCGAUCGCACUCCCUGCCACUCCCCCAUUCUUGCCCGUGGCUACUCCGUCUCCUGCCAGUUUACCUGCCGCUACAACAGUAGACGACGACUCAGACUCGGAUGACCUCCAGUUGCUAUAUCCCGAGUCAGACGAUGAGUCGACGUCUGGCGAUCCAGCGCCAGCCUCGGAAGCUACGACAAUCGUUAGCACUGAGAAGACCCCAGCAAGCAGCACCGAUACUCCGGCACCCUCAAGCACGCCAGCCAUCCCUCAGCUAUGGACGGACGAACUCUCUGAAUUAUCAUCAUUGUCAGAUCCCGAUAGCAGCGCCGACGAAAGCGAAUCUGCAGAUGAACCGCUGAUGAUAUCCAUCAAGCGGCGUAGAGUCUCGUCUAGUGGCCUCAAGAUUCGCAUUCGCAUCCCCUCCGGCUUCAAGUUCGGUCAAGAGAAUAAACCUCAAGCACUUGCAGGGGCGCCGCCGCGCCCAUGCGGCAUGUCGAGCUGCAAGCGCACCGUGGAAGCAAAGUCGCGGUGGAAACUCUGCACUGUUUGCCGGUCCAAGUACCGGAAGUAUCAGCGCAAGAGGAUAGGCGUCGUAAAUCCUCGCUGGGAUUUAGAAGACGAAGAGCCCGAGCCGGCAAUGGUUCAUACCCAAGAUGCCGAGAUCAAUACAGCCGAGGCAGCUGCACAUGCUCUUCUCUCCAAAGAGGAAUCGCGCAAAUGCAGCAAUCCUUGGUGCAGCCGUCGCAUACCGUUCGAGAACGAAUACGAGUACAAGCAGUGUAUUAAGUGUCGCGUGCGUGGGCGCUGGAACGUCAAGAAGCGGCGCAUCAUCAGCAAGCACUACGAUCGUGGGAAAGAGCAUGUUGGCAUCUCGACUCAUAUCAUCAACGAGUACAAUCGGCUCAAAGCCAGGCGUCGCAAACUUGGUAUCGUAGACGAAGCGCCGCCACCCGACCAGCCGAUCAGCGAGCCAGGCGGGAGGGCGUACCCUAUCUUUCAGAACCUGAAAGACUGCCUACUUGCGAUGCGCCUCUACACGGAAGACUUUCUUCGCGCACACACUUUGUACAUCCGUACUAUGCUUGAUCGUGGGGCCGAGGACAAGGCGACGGCACCGUGCGGUUUUGCCUUCGAUGGCCAGUUCUCCAUGGUCGCCAAUUGGUCUAUUCGCAGCCACAAGACCGAGCGCCUCGUCACGGAUAUCUGGGAUACCCUCGAGAGUGAUCUCAAGCUGAAGCUGACUGCUCCAACUCACCCGUGGCUCGAUGCCGGCGCGCUUGUCACGCGCUUGUUCUGCGAGCGGCCGUUCUCCCUUCCCAUCCCACCGUCUGAUCCAGUUUUGCUUGGAGAAGCUGCGAUACUUACGGCCGAACCUCACGUUCACGACAACUUACCUGCCUCGAACACCGGCCAUCCGACCGACACGAAGUUGGAGAACACAGACAAGACGUCGCCAUCAGACUCGCUCGUGAACGCUUCCUCCUCACUAGAGUCUGAGAUAAGUGUAAACGUUCGCACGCUCGAUGAACCUUCGAUCACGACAUCCCCGGCUGUUGAGCCGACAGGCGAUCCAACUGCUCCUGCGAAGCUUGAGGCAGCUUCAAGCGUGUCCGCUGUCGAGAGUCUGCCUGAUGUUGAGAUGACCGAAGGCGAUCUAUCUUCUGUGAAGCUAGUGCCGCGUUCUCCAGAAGAUUUGUCUUUGACACCGGCGGCGCCAGCUCACAAGAGCGUGGAGCCCCGACCACAGCACUCUACCUCAAUGGCUACGAUGAACGCCGGGUCCAUCACACGCUCGCCAGAAGCGGCGCUCGUUGCUGAUUGCGCUCGUGUUACAUCUACCCCCGAAUCCUCCCACCAGCCGAAUGGGGAUAUGCUCACGCUGUCAAUGGAUGAUCUCCCGGUGGACGACGUGCCGUACGAGGACGACGAUAGCCCGUCUACGUCCCGUGCAGCAUCCCCCUCUUUCCGCGAUGACGGCCCCCUACUGCCUGAGGGCGUGAUCAUGGACCGCAACAUGCUAGUUGAAGUCGAGGUCCGUGUUUCCGAAGACAAGAGCAAUAAGUUUAUACCUGGCCAUCGCAUCGCUAUCCGUUUCCGUCUCGUUGUAUGA